AUGGCCGGGAGACACUCAAGUCCUUGUCUGAAGGAAGAAGAAAAUGAUCGUUUCAAGUUAAACAACACAGACAUUCAACAUACUGUAGAUGUUGGGGACUUCGUGAGUCGUGAGCGUGAUUCAGCUCGAAUCCAUACGACUGUGUUGACCGGCUUCAAGGGAGAAACAUGCAUAUCGGAUGAUACUUCUCUAACAGUUCAUGGUGAUCUUAUUGCUUACGCUGUAAAACAAAAAAAUGCUGCUAGUGUUCGCAUUUUGAACCAAGAUUCAAAAAAACGAUGUGUACUUAAGGCAUUCGAGGAUACUCCUGUAGAUGUUAGUUUUGCUAUGCAAUCACCUUAUUUAGCUGUAGUCGAUAAAUCCAAUAAUCUAAAUGUAUAUAAAGUAGAUGAAGAGUUAGUUAAUGCGCAGCAACUUGUAUCCAUUAAUAGAUGGCCGGAACAGAACUUGUACACCAAUCCGAAAAUAUCUUGGUGCCCAUACGCUCCUGCAGACUUGAGUGAUCCCACUGAUGUUUGUGAUCUUCUGGCUGUUUUCCAGGGAACAAACGUUUAUGUCAUCAAUUUGAACACUAUUGUCAAUAAAUUAGAACAGGGAGGGUCAUCAACUUCUAUAUCCUUCGAUGAAGCUAAAGAAAUCGAUGCGAUUAUACUGAUUGAAUCUUCUUCGAAUGCCACCGCAGUUCGAAUUUCACCAGAUGCCACUGCCGUAGCAGUGGGAGCCGAAGAUGGAAGCGUUUCGUUUUUUGUUCUAAAGAAAGAUUCUGCCGCUUUUGCACAUUGCUUCAGGCCACCUCCCGAAGAACCUAUCACUGACUUAUUUUUCUUGGAUGAUAAUUCAGAAUCUAACUUUGAGGUAGAAAGGUUUUGGAGACAUUGUGUUGUUAUCACCAACAACGGCAGAAGAAUCACCGUUUUCGAUUGUGAACAAUGGGAAGCUGCAGCUUCUCUAACAUUGAAAACUUCUGCUUACUUUAAAGCGUUCCUUGAUCCGCGUGGGAGAUACUUGAAUCUAUUGGAUGCUUCUGGGACUGUACUGUUAUGUCUCGAGAUCAGUUAUGGCAAUAAAAGCGUGGAAUUAACUUCUCUCACUCAAUUAUGGUUCCACUCUCCUAUCAUAUCCAUAUAUCCCAGUGACGUGGUAGACAAACAAUUGAACUCUUCCUUUGAUGCAGGACUUGAAGAUGAAACUGAUGAGUUUGAGAGAAAGGUUUCAGUUGUUUCCUCACAUAUCUCAAUUUCCUCGAAAACGCUGUCUAAAUUGACCAUAAAUCUGGAGAAAACUGUGAUUACGUCAACGGAAGGAGUUGCCGAAUUGCAGGAGUUCACGGAUGUGUUGGCUGAACGUCCCGAAUCGAGAGAGCCUGCUAAAACUUCACAUAAUGUAGACGAUUUUGACGAAAAAUUCAGUCGUAUAGCCCAAAAAUUGGACCAGUUAACAUUCCAAGUUCAACGUCUUGAGAAUGAACAACAUUCUGCCCCCGUUGCGGAUACGAUCGUUCAACUUCUUAAGCAAUUCAGAGAAGAAUAUUCUUUGAAGGAAGGACUUUUAUUAGCAAAUAUAUCAGACCUGCUCGACACCAAUAAGCAUGAGACAAUAACAGUCGUCAGAAACUUACUGAACGAAAAUGCCGUAGGUAUCCAGAAUUCUAUUCAAAUUAACAACAACCAAGCUUCUGACACUAUAUCCACGCGAGUAACGGAUUCGUUAGCAAAUAUGAUUGUUCCUUCACUCGAUCGAACAUGCACCCAGCUGUUCAAGCAACUCAAUGAAACAUUCCGUCUUGGAAUGGAGCAGUAUCUGACUCAGAUGAGAGCUUUCCACCAAGCAACAAUUCAAGCAGUUACUAGUGCUACUCCCGCUCCAGCAGUCUCUGUACCUGCAGAUCGUCAAGCCCUUCUUCAGAUGAUCAAAACACGUCAGGCUCCGAAAGCACUUGAAACAGUCCUCAAUCAAGGAGAACCUAAUGCUGUCGAUUUCGUCAUCAACCAUCUAGACCCAGAUGAAUUUUUCUCUAACAAUCGUUUACCCCAAUGUAUACUUCUAUCUUUAUGCCAGCAGUUGACUAUACAAAUUGAAAAAGAUACAGAUUUGAAAGUCAGAUAUUUUGAACACAUUUUGGAACGUCUUAACCCAGAUGAUCGCGAUAUCGUUCAUAUCGCGCCUGAUGUUCUUCGCAGACUAUCUCAGGUCUUAACUGAGAUGCAAACACUCAAUGCCAAUAGCGCUCUGAAACGACCGGCUCGUGUAUUAAAUCAAAUUAUAAAAAGCAUAUUGAAGACAAAUUAA